CCACUCUACCUUACACCGAAUAACAAUGCCGACUCCCGGAGUCAGAUUCCUCGCCCACCUCCUCGCCCGGUUCGUGGGCCGACCCAUCCUGCUCAUUCUCGCUGUGCACUACGCCGUCAAUCGUUUCACGGGCCUCCGGCUCCGCGCUCCCACGACGAUAUUGCUGACGCUUCUUGCGUACCCGCUGUCGAUGGUGUUUCUCGUGCAGCGCAAGAUGUGGCGGCAGCGGCGGGAGGCGCGGGCGCUCGGCGCGCGGCCGGUUCCUGUGGUCAAAGGGAAGCGCUUCGCGAACUUGGACUUGCUCACCAUGCUGCGCCAUGCCCGGGUGCACGGGUAUCCCGGUGACGGCUUCGCAGAAUGGGUCGAAGAGCUCGGCCCGGUAAUCAACGUGCGAGUGCUCUGGGUGGACAACAUCCUGACGACAAGCCCGGACCACAUCAAGCAGAUUCUGGCCACAGAUUUCAACAACUACGAGAAAGGCGCGUCUGUCGUGUGUCCCGCGGAGGCCGAGCGCAUCUCAUUGCCCAUCAAUUCAUUUGCAGGCGAGCGAUUCCAGCAGGAGAUGAACAGUGUCCUCGGGUCCGGGGUAUUCAACUCCGACGGCGAAAUGUGGAAGUUCCACCGGACGCUUACCCGCCCCUACUUCUCGCGGGAUCGCAUCAGCCACUUCGAGAUCUUCGACGCACACGCAAAUAGCGUCAUAUCCAUCCUCAGAACGCGGCUACGCGCGGGCUACGCGGUCGACUUCCAGGACCUCAUCGGGCGGUUCACGAUGGACUCGGCGACUGAGUUCCUCUUCGGCACGUGCGUAAACUCGUUGCAGGCCGACGUGCCGUUCGCGCACAACGUGGGUGCGUUCCCGCAGCCGUCCGAGGCCGCGCAGGUCGCGAAUGCGUUUCUGGACGCAUUCGCUGCGGCGAUGCACGCGAUUUCCGAGCGCGAGGUCCUUGGGAAUGUGUGGCCGCUGUUCGAGAUGUGGGAGGACAAGACGGCGGCGCCCAUGGCAGUCGUCAGCGCGUUCCUGGAUCCUAUCAUUGAGGCUGCUGUGGAGCGGAAGAGGAUGAAAAAGCAGAUGCGGGGGGCGGGGGAGGCCGUGGAUGGCGAUCAGAAUGAAGAUUCGACGCUUCUCGAUGAGCUUUUGGUAUCCACUGACGAUCCCAAGGUUCUCAAAGACGAAACCUUGAACAUCCUGCUCGCUGGACGCGACACGACAAUGCACGUCACGACGAUGGUCAUCUACUUCCUCUCGAUGUAUCCUGAUGUCUGUGCUCGUUUGCGAGCAGAGGUCCUGGAAUACGUCGGCCCGACGCGGCGGCCGACCUACGAUGACGUUAAGAAUAUGAAGUAUCUCCGUGCCGUGAUCAACGAGUCGAUGCGGCUAUAUCCCUCUGUGCCGUUUAACAUCAGGGAUUCGGUCAACGCGACGACCUGGCCAUCACCCGAUCCAAAUGAAAAACCGCUCUAUAUCCCGGCCCAAACCAAAUGCCCAUACUCCGUAUUCCUGAUGCAUCGCCGCAAAGAUCUGUGGGGCAACGACGCGGAAGAAUUUGACCCCGACCGCUUCAUCGACCCCGCGCGGCUCAAAUCCUCCCUCCUCGCAAACACCUUCGCGUUCCUCCCGUUUAACGCGGGCCCGCGCAUCUGCCUCGGCCAGCAGUUCGCGUACAACGAGAUGUCCUUCGUCCUCGUGCGCCUGCUGCAGGCCUUCGAGAGCUUCGCGCUCGCGGAGGAAGAUGCGUGGGCCCCCGAGGCGCACGUGCCUACUGAGUGGAAGACGGCCAGCCGGGGCACCGCACGACGCAGGGGCACGGAUCGGUUCCGGCCGAAAGUACACCUGACGAUGUAUGCUGCUGAUGGAAUGUGGAUCCGGGCUAAGGAGGCUGCCUCGAAUGAAGAGAAGAAAUAAUUGGAUGCAGAGUGCAGAAUCAGACGAGACGCCCACGAACGAUCACGCAUACUGACGACGGUUCAGCGGGUGAUUGCCGCUUGGGCAGAAUUACCAGUUUUAAAGCACGCCUUGUGGAUGGAUUAUGACCAAGUUCUCAAUCUUAAAUCAUGUCGGAUCGAA